GCGUUAUCCUCGAAGGUCGCGCUUCCACCAGUCUAAAUCGUCGAAACGGUCCUCUUUUCCACGCUACCGCUGUACCCGACAUAAACAUAAACACGGCGUGGUGGCACGGAGAUCCCAUGCAAAAUGCAGUCUCAGUAGUUUAGUUAAUAUGAGGUCGGUUGGUAGUGUUUUCCAGUGCUGUGCCUCCGGAACGUGCAAUUGUAAUAAAUAAAGCGAUCGGAUCAACCGCCUUCGACACGAUUUGUUCUGCUUAUUUAGCAGGAUUAAGUCAGUCGGACUCGGAGAUAUGGUGUCCCGGACCGCAACUUUCUUCGGCGCGAAAAAACUCGUAAUCCUUGUAGUCGGUGUUGACAAUUACGGCCGCUUACAUCAGAACACAAACAUUAAAUAUUAAACGAUCAAAUAGAUUCGUUGUUGCGGGAAAAUUUAUCUGCAUCUGUGAUAAAACCGAGGCAAAUAUUUGGAGAUGGCGGCCGAAUUCGUUGUGCGAAAUAGUGAACAGUGAAAAUGCCGGAACAAAUUGUCACCAAAGCGGAAAGGGAGAGAAUCAAAAAGGAAGCUGUUCAGAGGUACACGGAUACGAGUUGGCAGAUACAUCGGCAAAGCAAGAAAAAACCUCCCACUAUUACGAUUAAAACUCCCCCGAAAGACGAUGACGAAAGUAAAAUUGUUAAAGUUAACGGAGUCACACCGAAUGGCAACGUUAACGUUCCCGAAAGACCCGAAUCACGACAACUUGUACAAAUUGAAACGGUCCAAGUUACGUACGAACCGGUGCAAAGCCAAGUCGAAGUCGUUUUGCACACCCACGAUGAGCUGUCGAAAAACGGAACCGAGAUGAAUAAGAUGCUGGCUUCAACCUCUUACAAUGGUGAAGCUCUCACAAGCCAGCCGCGGUCAUCAAGAGGGACUUCCACGUCCAACGGCGGCAUGGAUUUAAGUUAUGUGACUGAAAGGAUUAUCUCUGUGUGGUUUCCAUCGUCGACGAAUUCGCAUUCGUACCGACAGGGACAAAGGCAAGCCGCUCAUAUGCUGAGGAACAAAUAUGGAGAUAAUUACAUGGUAUUUAAUCUCACCGAGCCUAAACGAGCGUUAAGGACCGAGCACAAGCACGUGAAGGAAGUAGGUUGGGCGCAGAACUUUGCGCCGCCUUUGGAGAAACUCUGCAGCGUAUGCAAGGAAAUUGACUCCUGGCUCUCGGGGGACCAACACAGGAUUGCGGUAUUACAUGCUAGAGGCAACAAAGAUAAGCUGGGCGUCAUCGUGGCGGCUUACAUGCACUAUUCCAGCAUUUGCGGAAACGCGGAACAAGCCCUGGACCGAUUUUCCAUGCGGAGGUUUCUGGACGACAACGUCGGACCUCUGGCGCUUCCUUCAAACAAACGAUAUGUGGACUAUUUCGCGGGUCUGCUAUCGCACAACAUUAAAAUCAACGCCAAUCCUCUAUACCUGACCCACGUUACGGUCCUUGGCGCCCCUUCCUUCCAACGAGGAGGCUGUAGGGCGUUCCUCAAACUGUACCAAGGCCAGACUCCGGUUUACACAUCAGGCGUCUACAACGUAUCAAGUGGCGUAAGCCAGUUUACGGUGAAUGUGGUAGGUGAGCGCCGACGUGGCCUGCAGCUAAGGGGUGACAUCCUGAUAAAGUGCUAUCACCGCGGAGACGUAGGAAGAGAGACGAUAUUCGCAUGCCAAUUUCACACUUGUGCGGUAGCCGAUUACACGCUUAGUUUUACGAGACAAGAGCUCGAUGUCGCCUGCAACGAUUCUCGGUUUCCGGUCGAUGGGGCGGUGGAACUGCACUUUUCGCCAGGACCUGAGGACAGACACCCCGCACCCGCACCCACGCCGGCGGUUCCCUGCACGCAGACCAGCGACGAUCCCAUCACCAGGGCGGACAGCCCCUUCUCCGUGGAGGAGUACGACGAGGAAGGAGACUCAGACUCAGACGACGUCAACCACACGUUUGGGCCUCUAGACGGCAGCAUAUACGCAACCAUCGCCAAAAAGCCGGAGCUGUCUCCAGGCGCCGUUUCCAGUCCGUUGACGGUGUCCAUGGACUCUGGCAUUUCUUCGGCAGGCCACCAGCAGAACGCCAACACAACCGCCUCCGCGAGCCCCCCACUAACCGCCCAACCCUCCCCCUUGACCCCCGAGGACCAGCACCGCGAGCUGGACGAACUCGUCUCGGACAUGAUGUUAACGGUUCAGAGCAUUCCCGACCUGAAACCGGCGCACCAGGACCAGUCCUCCAACAAUUUCGGCCUCGACAAUGUGCGCUACAUAGACGACGAGGAGGACAAGAACAUCCCCUAUCACGCGCGCCAGGACAGCCGCCCCUUCAGCUACGGCGUCAACUCCAACAGCAUGAUCGCCGACUCCAAGGGGCUGUCCAGCCCCAGUCUCGUGCGCAAGGCCAGCGUCAACAAAAGCACGGGGGAUACGCUCAAGAAAGUGCAAACGCAAGUGUAUCCAGACUUCGGGAGCAAGCCAGUGCCGAAUUUCUCAAACCCGCCCUCUAACUACAGCACCUUCUCGAAGUACUCCAGGUCCUACUCGCCCCCGGAGGCGCGGCAGCGGGACCCCAUCGACGAUAUCUUCACCCCCAGUGCGCUCAGUGCCAACCACCCCAUCAAGAGGGAGUUCCGGGAGGAGUACUACAAGGACGAAGUCAAGAGAUACACCCCCUUGAAGCGGAGUAUCACGGAAGGAGCGCUCCGAGGAUACGAUGACUACAAGUCCAGUUCGGCGUAUUCGGACUCGGAGAGUUUAUCGCCUCCAGGGGCAUUCAGGACGAAAUCACCGGAAUUUCACGAGUCCUACACUGGCAAGAACUUGACGUGGCUGCAAAAGCAGCAGCUGAAGCUGAAAGAGCGCCGCGAGCUGCAAUUGCGGGAAGAAAGACAGCCUCACGAAACUCGCCUUUUGAGCGAGCUAAAGCACGUCCAGUCCCGGCACAUGAAGCCGACAGCUAGCCAUCGUCUUGACGGCUACACCAGCGAUACAACGGCUUUCCCCGACGAUGAAGAAGACUACGCAAUCCCUUUGCACAUCAACACCAUGCAAAAGAACAACAACACGCUGUCACGAACAUACAGCGCCGGCAAAUACACCACCAAAACGGAGCGGCCUUUCAUGACCGUCAAGCGGGCCCACGAGAGAUACGCUCAAAAUUCAGAUUCGCCGGCGGCGAUUUUAGCUGCGAACCCCAUGGGGCAGAUAGUGCGGCCUCCUUCAAGAGGGGCCGAGAGUGAUAGCGGGUUGUUGUCUCUAGUCGAGGAGCAGUAUAAACACAGUCCGAGAUUUAACCAAGGGGGUUUGGUGGGUAUUGACGACUCUAGUGUUGAUAGUUCACCAGCAAGGAAUGAUAGCGUUCCCAUAGAUGCACUCAAUGAUCUGAUUGCUAGCUUAUCAAGUGGGUCAGAUAAGUCUAGCAACAGUCCUAAUAACACCACAUCUGCAUGGCAGUAUCGGGAGGAGACACACUCCUGGCGUGUGAACGAUGUUGACACGAGUCCUUCGCACAAUUCGUCGCCAAGGCCGCAAACACCAGCUUUCCCAGUACACGUGCGAACUCCUUAUACGAACCCUUCCACACCGACAGUGCAAUUCGACAUACCUUCCGAACGAUUACCGCCCAAAAGUCCUACAACCCAGCGACGUUUGAGUUGCCCGUCUUCUAAUAAAGUUACAAAGAAGUGGUCGCUUUCUCCUGAAAGAAAGGACCGACCGACUUCUCCGACAGACAUGAUAAACGGCUCUUCAGAAUACACAACACAAAGGAGCGUGUCAGCAACUCCACCAGGAUAUAAAGAGAACUACUCGGAGAACUAUCAGCACAGUCCUAAGAGUCCGACAAGAAACGGGUCAGCCUCCCCGACCGUCUAUUUCGGCAACUCGAGGAGGAGUUCGGUUCAUUCAAACAGCGAACCUCCGCACGAAGUUUCAGCGGCCAAUGUCAAGUUUGUGAGAGACACCUCCAAGUACUGGUACAAGCCCACCAUCUCCCGGGAGGAAGCAAUCAGCAUGUUGCGAGAGCAGCCCCCGGGCACGUUCGUGGUGCGCGACUCGAACUCAUUCCCUGGGGCCUUCGGCAUGGCCCUGAAGGUGGCCACAGUUCCCUCCAACUUCCCGUCAAAGCCCACCCAAGGCGACGAGCUCAUCCGGCACUUCCUCAUCGAGCCGACCUCCCGCGGCGUCAAGUUGAAGGGCUGCCCGUCCGAGCCGGUCUUCAGCUCUUUAUCGGCCUUGGUCUACCAGCAUUCAGUCACUCCACUCGCUCUCCCGUGCCGCCUAAUCCUCCCCGAGGGAGACCUCAAGUACCACGACAGUGCCAACAACCCCGCUCAACAGCUGCUAACGCAAGGUGCCGCCUGCAACGUCUUGUACCUCUUCACCAUGGACAUGGAGUCGCUCACGGGCCCCGAAGCCAUCCGGAAGGCCGUCACACACCUCAUGCAGAAAACGCCCAAAACGGAAUCGGCCGUCGUGCACUUCAAAGUCAACGGACAGGGCAUCACUCUCACGGACAACAAGAGGAAAUUGUUCUUCAGGAGGCACUACGCCAUUAAUUCCAUCUCGCACUGUGGCCUGGACCCGGACGAGAUGCGGUGGACGGUCAGUGCGACUGAAGGGUCAGCGGCCAGUCCAAACCGGAUAUUCGGAUUCAUCGCGCGGAAGCCCAACGUGAGCAACCCCGACAAUCAGUGCCAUUUGUUCGCAGAGCUGGAGCCCGAACAGCCAGCGAUAGCUAUCGUAAAUUUCGUUAAUAAAGUUCUUACGUCAAGUGGCAUCAAGCCCAACAUUGUGUAACUUUACCGAACGCGAGGAGGAGGAAUCACAUCACAUGUAGAGUUAAAUUAUCACAGUAUUUGGAAAAUACUUAAAAGAUUUCGUAAAUGCCGCUAAAUUUCAUUAACUAGUCUUAUUUCAUAAUUUCCUAGACUUAAGUUUUUAUCUUGCAAGUAAUUUAUAUUUAAUGUUGUACAUACAAGUAACACUAAGUGUGCCUGCCUUAUUUUAUUUUUUCAAAUAUAUUUUUUUUAUUAUUUAAGUGAAGUGCUUUAAAUAUUGUGAAUAUUUGCAUGUUCACUAACGAGACACAUUCUACUGGACCUUGUUGGUUUUUGUUAUGAAAAAUUAACAAAAAUUUCCGUCAGUGGGGUACUUUUUAGUUGCUGUGAAUGACAAAUAAUUGUUUCAUUUUUUGUUCAUUUUUCAUUUCGCACUAACAAAGUACUGUAAUCAAAAUAUUAGCAGGGUAAUGAGAUCCUAAAUUGUAAAAAUAUUAUAGACUUUAAUUUAGAAUCCAUGUUUUAACAAAGCUUAUUAAUAACAAUAGUAUUAAAACGGAUAUCGUCAUCUCUGGGUCUUUAAGCAUUUUUAACUACUUUCGGUUAUUGUUGUAAUAGUACAAAGAUAGUUUAACUCAUCAAAAUGUCCUAAUCAAUGCGAGAUAUAUCAAAUGCCAUACUUUAAAGAUAUAACAGAUUGUAUCUAGAAAAGAGAAUAGAUAUACUAAUAAAAAAUCUCUCGUUUA